CUGUGGUCCAACCUUUGCUUUCAAAUGAAACUUGUCUUGUCCUCCACGCGCGGACACUGCGAGAGUAUUUAGGUUUCUAAUACAACAAGCGAUUCCACCGAUGUCAAUGUCAAUCCCCACCCCAAUGUCCAUCUCCGGCGAGGAGGACCCACCAAAAGACACAGAACGCUGCGUUUCAGCCGUCGAAGGGAUACUAAACUACAAGUUCAGGAACAAGAAACUUCUAGAAGAAGCGCUGACUCACUCGUCGAGCACUACUACUAAGUCAGUGUCAUACCAAAGACUCGAGUUUUUAGGCGACGCCGUUUUAGGGCUUGCAGUUGCAAAUUCAGUAUUUUUGGAUUAUCCAAAUGUUGACGAAGGAAUUCUUCAUCUCCUCCGUUGUGCGAAUACUAAUACAGAGAAACUUGCUCGUGUCGCCGUUCGUAUUGGCCUUUAUCGUUACGUCCGUCGUAAUUCUCUUCUUCUUGAUGCUAAGGUUCGAGAAUUUGCACUUGUUGCGGAAGCAGAAGAUGAUACUGCUCUUAAUAAAGGUGCAGUAAAAGCCCCAAAGGUUCUUGCUGACAUAGUGGAAUCUGUAAUAGCAGCUGUUUAUCUUGACUGUGAUUUUGAUCUGAAGUUUCUCUGGCAGGUUGUCAGGGGUCUUCUGGAGCCAAUUGUUAAACUCGAGACAUUAUCAGUGCAGCCAGUGGCAAUGCUCUAUGAGUUAUGCCAGAAAGAAGGAAAAAAAGUUGAUAUUAGGCACUGGAGGAAGGGAGAAAAGGAUAUUUGUAGCAUUUACGUGGAUGCAAAGCUCGUUGCAACUAGAACUUCUGACCAGGAAAAUAUUGCUAAGCUUAAGGCAGCUAAAGUGGCACUAGAGAAGCUCAACAAAUCUGUUAACGAUAUGGAUAUUGAAUAUGAAGUUAACGAGAAAUAUGAGAUUGAAUCUGCUAAGCAGAAGUUAAAUGAUCUUUGUGGCAAAAAGAAAUGGUCUAAGGCAACAUACAGGAUUGAAAAAGAAGUGGGUUUGGGUCAAGAGAAGAAAUAUAUAUGUUCUGUUCUGAUCGUAACAUCAGAUGAUGAGAAACUUUCUGUGUUGGGAGAUGAGAAGUCAAGAAUCAAGGAAGCUGAGAAAUCUGCUGCCUCCAUGAUGAUAUAUAGUCUUCUGGAGUCAAGCCAUAUCUGAUGAGGGAUCUCAUCGUCGUGCUGAUGCUCUAAUGCCUGUAUGUGUAUGGCUGUCCGUUUGCUGCAUUUAAGUGGAAGAAAUGAAGGAAAGUUCCUGUUUUCAUUUAUGUAUUGAAAUGGAAAAUUCUAACCCUCUGUAUUAUGGAGUGCAGGCAUGAAACAGAUACCACCACAUUUCCUUCUCCUAACUGUAGCAGAGUAAAGGGCAUCGAUAUCUUGUUUCUACAAACCCUUGUUUGAAUCAUAGGAUUAAAACCAUUGGUUUGGCAUCUCUAUUUGUCGAAUCCUUAGAUUCAUAUACACGGCCUCUUAUAAGUACGAAUCUUAUUAAGACUUGUUUUAGACAAAAUUACUCAUUCCUUAAAUUAUGUCAUGAUGUUGGCUUCAUUUACAAGUGAUUUUUGUCCCGUUUUCCCCUCAUUUCUUCCUAGUUAGC